AUGUUUCCUCGUUUGGUCUUGUUUCUAUUUGCGACAUUCUCCACUGUCGGGCUCAGUGCACCCCUGGAAGAGCUGCGAGCGGCACUGCCUGUGCUCCCCACCGAGGACUCUUUCUACCAGGUCCCUGAUAACGUCAAUGACUAUCCUCCUGGCACCAUCAUCAACUACCGCAAACCGCCGGCUCCCAUUGCCGCGUUUGGCAUAUCUCCCGUCAACUUGAAGAGUACAUGGCAGAUUCUCUACAGAACCAACGACAACUUUGACAAGGCCACCGCCACUGUUCUCACCGUGCUGGUCCCCUACAAAGCCGAUUACACCAAAGUCCUGUCGUACCAGAUUGCCGAAGAUGCCGCAUACAUCGGCUGUGCUCCUUCUUAUGCAUUCCAAUUGCGUCUGCAACUGGGGUGGGUGGUGAUCUCCCCAGACCAUGAAGGCCCCAAAGCGGCUUAUCUGGCCAACAAGCUUGCAGGGUACGCCACGCUUGAUGGUAUAAGAGCUGCCAUAAACUCGGCCAAUUUCACCGGCAUCGCGGCGGACCCCAGAGUGGCAAUGUGGGGGUACUCUGGCGGAAGCAUCGCGUCAGCUGCGGCGGCAGAGCUUCAGCAGUCUUACGCGCCUGAGCUUCGUAUCGCAGGUGCUGCGCUUGGUGGUACUGUGCCAAAAAUCCCAUCCGUUAUCAAGAGUAUCAACAAGUCGCCUCUGGCUGGGAUCAUCCCUGCUGGCAUGAUUGGCCUGGGUCAGCAGUAUCCAGAACUGGGCGCGAUACUUGAUGCUGGUGUCUUGCCAAAGUACAAGGCCAAGUUUGAUGCCGUUGCGAAGCAAUGCUUUGUUACCGAUGUCCUUUCGUUCUUCUCGCAGGACGUGGUGUCAAUGCUCAAGGACCCAGCCAUCUUGGACCAAGAACCUGCCAAGAGCAUCCUGGAAGAGAAUGCUCUCGGCAAACACAGCCCUAGCAUUCCCCUUUUUAUUUACAAGUCGAUUCAGGAUCAAGUAAGCCCCAUCAAAGAUACUGACGAUCUUGUUAAGACCUACUGCUCUGGCGGUACCAAGAUUCAGUAUAAUAGAGAUUUGAUCUCGGAGCAUGGUUCACUUGCCAUAGUUGGGGCUGGAAAGGCUUUGUCGUGGCUGAUUGAUAUCAUGAACGGGAAGGGGGCGCCGAGUCAGUGCAAGACCAACAAUGUAGUGUCCUCCCUUCUUGACAUCAGAGGCCUGGCGACCCUAUCCAGCGCUUUAAUCGAGGCCCUUCUGGACCUCGCGGGAAAGCCGGUUGGCCCUGUAAUCAUUGGUUGA